UCUUCAUGUGGUAUUUCCGUGCCUUUUCGGGCAAUCAUUCCAUAUCAUCGCGGCUUGAGUCCACCCGGCCGAAAGUGAUUCCACGCAAGUUAAGGAGCGAAGGAUUGAGUGACACUCAACCCGCCAACAAAAGAGUCGGCGAUAAAAGAAAACCUGGGGUUGUGUGCUCUUAUUCUCCUGCAAGCGCCACGCCGAGCUCCUCGUACAACGAGCACAAACCCAAAACGCCCCCUCCCGAUCUACCUUCGCUUCUUCUUGACAGCCGGAUUGUUUACAUAGGGAUGCCGCUGGUUCCAGCGGUGACCGAGCUCAUCGUAUCCGAGCUUCUCUACAUGCAGUACACGGACGCUACUCGUCCAUGCUACAUAUACAUAAAUUCUACUGGUUGUCAGCGAGCUGAUGGGGAGGUUCUGCCAUAUUCUGAUAAUGCAAACAAUAAAGUGCCCCACCUUCGUUUCGCUGAAAAUUUUCCCCUUCAACAGAUUUAUACUGUUGGCACGGGGGUUGCCAUAGGUCAAGCUUGCAUGAUACUGUCAGCUGGAAAUAAGGGCAAACGGUUUAUGACAGCUCAUGCAACAGCGAUGCUGCAUCAGCCAAGGAUACCAUCUACUGGUCAACGACAGGCUAUUGAACUCCACCUCAAGUGGAAAGAAGUUCUUGAGCAAAAGAAAGCCAUGGUUGAUAUAUUAAGUCUGACAACUGGUCACUCCAAAGAGAAGAUAGAUAAUGAUAUUCAACGUCCUCUUUAUCUGACGGCGAAGGACGCGAUUGCUUACGGGAUAGUGGAUAAAGUCGUCGAUAAAAACUCUCGAGCGAUUGAUAGCGUUCUUUCAGGAGAUGCAUGGGAUGAUGCUGCAGGGCUUGUGAGCUCUCCAUCCCCGGGACAGUGAGUUCCUCGAUGAAACUCUCUUGUUCAUGAUGGUCUGGCAGAAGACGCAGUUUAAGCUGCCUUUCGAAAGUUUGUUCUGAAGGUUGUGCAAUACCACUUUUGUUGUCAGUGGUGACGUUAUUUUCAAAUUGUUUAGCAUCCUUUCCUGUAGUGUGUUGAGAGCAGUUCCUCUAUAAGUACAUCAGCUGCGGAUAUUUCCAUCAUGAAAUUCAUGGACUUAUCAACAACUCUUGCUCACUCCUCAGAAUCAUAUCCGAACACACUUGAGAAAACCUCAAGCACUUUCGUGCCUUCGUCAAUAGUCGCCAUAGGAUCCUUUCGCAGACGGUGACGAAGACACAGUGUAACCACCGAGUAGACGUCUUCAUCGGUGACUUCGUUGGCACCCCUGUAUGCAGCAGCAGCUCUGGAAGCACGGGUAGUGACGAGGUCUCCCCUGAGCCCGUCGACAUCAAGCUCGGAACAAACCUGAGAAAUCUUGAGCCGAAUUUCCAUUGGUACU